CAGGCCGCUGCACAGGGCCUGGGAGGCUAUCUGGAUCCCUCUUGCACUGAGCCCCUGGUAGAAGGUGUUGAGCCUUAUGACGUCGUGUUCUGCAUUUUACAUGCACUCACCUGCAUUGGCGACCUGGUGGUUGACUGGCUCCACAACUGGACAAUGAACCAGCCAGACCACCAAGUCCUUUUGGUCAAGCUCAACUCUGUCUUGUUUGGCCAAUGGGUGCACCUCACCAUCUCCAACAUGGUGCCCAUGCAAGGCUGGCACCUAAAAGGUUGCCAUGCAGCUGCUCUUCUCAAGGCCUUCCCCAUGAUCUGUGCUGCAGUUGGGGUUCCACUGGAGGUGGCUGACUGUGAAUCAGUCCGCCGCCUGUUCCACAUCAUGUACAUCUUUGACCCCUUGCUCCCUUCUCAUGAGGAAGACAUGGUGUGGUUCCAGGUGAACAUGAGGCAGGUCAUGGAGACCUUCACCACCAUCAUCUGCAGCCACCAUCAGCCCAACUAUGUGCAUGAGAUUGCUGAGCAUGCCACUGACCUUCUCAGUGCUGGGGGGCUCUGCCCCUUCUGCAAUGACAGCAUGAAGACCCUUCAGUCCAUGCUGAAGGCCACCUUCCAUGACUGGUCUCCCUGCUAUGGUGGCACCUCCACCAUGGACAUGCUUUGGACGGUGUGGGAGUGGUGGUUUAUGAGGAUGCAGGUCUGUGUCCUUGAAGGCUGUGCAUCAAUUCCCUUCCUCAACACUGACCUCAAGCGCCAGCUUGGCAUUGAGGCCCUCCUCUCUUCCCCCUCUACUGCUGGCGUUGUCUAG